UUUUUCAUAGCCGAGCCGACUGGAAAACAAAUAAAAAAAACUAUUGCGUUUUCAAAACAUGGAUUAUUUGAUGGCUAAAAUUUUGUUCAAUAUUUUAGCCGAAAGCCAUACUUGCAAAGUUGUUAGAUUCUCUGACCGUGAACUAGUUUAUUUGUAAGCAAACCUCGUGGUAGAAUAAGGAAGCCGACACUUGAAAAAAAAUGGACAAGAACAAACAAAAAUCUGCUAAAACCGGCGGCUCUGCUGGUGCUAAUGCUGAUUCAGAAGAAGAAGAACAAGACGAACCAUCCUCUUCUUCAAACCAGAAGGAGAAAACUGCAGAAGAUGAGCUAGAGUCAUUCAGAGAGAAAUGGCAACAAGAACUGAGAUCACAGCCCACAUCCAGGGAGCUUCUCAAUAAAAAAGCACAGACAAAAUUCAAUUUUUACGAUAGUGAAUCUCAAGAAGAUGUCGCUCGGGCUUUAUUUAUCAAGGGAACUGAACUGGAAAAAGCGGGUCAACUUUAUGAGGCCAUUCAAUUUUACCGUAAAGCAGUACAAAUUGUACCUGAUAUUGAAUUUAAACUGGACAAUAGGCCUAAACCGUUGCAGAUUGAAACAAAAACUGAGAAUUAUGAAGAAACCCAUGAGACUGACAACAAUAGCAGCUCUGAUGGUGAUGAUGAUGAUGAUGAUGGAGCCAUAGAGGAUGGACAAUUAUAUGCUAGAAUUCAAAAAAAAGUCACGAAAAUGGGGCAUUUGUGUGCAUCGAAAUUUGAUCAAAGUACGACCCAUAUUUCUAGCUUACCACUAGAAAUAUUAUUAUACAUAUUAAAAUGGGUAGUUUCUACCGACUUGGAUCUAAGAUCCCUUGAAUCAUUUGGAACAGUUUGUCGUGGAUUCUAUUUGUGUGCUCGUGAUCCUGAAAUAUGGAGACUAACUUGUUUGAGAAUUUGGGGUUUAAAUUGUAGUCUAAAACCAGACAAUUACGGCUCUUGGCGCAAUAUGUUCAUAGAACGUCCAAGACUCAAUUUUAAUGGGUGCUACAUUAGCAAAACUUCAUACAUUAGACAUGGCGAGAAUAGUUUCCAAGAUCAAUUUUAUAGACCGUGGCAUUUGGUGACGUAUUAUAGAUAUUUAAGAUUUUUCCCAGAAGGUGUUGUAUUAAUGUUGACGUCACCAGAUGAACCAACUCAAUGUGUUGGUCAAAUGAAAAAUAGGCAUCCUAGGCAACCAAUUAUGGUUGGUUAUUAUAGAUUGAAAGAUGAUACUGUAACAUUGGUCUUUCAAAGGCAGGAUACUGCUAAAACAAUGCAAACAACCUAUAAAAGAAGUGCAAGGAGGAGGGAUGUUGAAAAUCCGGAACAAACAUUUCAUAUGGAAUUGAAAAUCCAAAGUCGCAAAUCUCGUCGGCACGUUAAGUUGGUAUGGAGCUACUACUCUAUAUUCACUAAAUCAAAGCAAGGACAUGAGAAUACUACCAGUUUUGAUUUGAUACAGAAUCGCUUUCCGCCCCUAUGGUAUUCCAGAGUUAAAAGUUUCACGUCAGAGUCUGAUCAACCUUUAAAUUAAAGAAAGAAAUUAAUAUUUUUGUAUGUGUGUUUAUAUUUUGAGAAAUAAGGUACCAUAUACAUUUAGGCAGGUAUGUGUUUGUAUUUUAAAUAAGGUCUACAAAUAUGGGGCCUGGGCUAAUCGAGUAAAGAGGAACAGUGCAAGUAUCUUUUAGAGAAAAUUGUUUUCCCGAAUUGUCGAUUCUCCUUUUCAUUCAGGUAUUUAGUUUGGAUCGUAGUUUUAGUUUUAGCAGGAAAGGCAUGUUGUUUAUGUGUUUCAGAAAUUCAGUACAAAGCUCCUAUUAUAUUAAUUUUUCCAGGUGGUUCUAGAGGUAUUCGCAUUUUAAAUGCUACACGUUUUAAGAAUUUUCGCUCCAUUCUCUAACUGCAGAUCGUUUUUAGUAGAAAGAAAAAUAGAUCUAUUCAAGCAGUAUCAAUAUCUGAACCAAUUUAAGUAUUUGCCCUACUGUGCGCUACUUGUUGUAUAGUUUAUUUGUCAACGAUUUCCAACUGAAUAUUGGUAAUGCUCAGUUUCACAUGAAAAAACAACGUGUUAAAGCCAUGUCUUUGCGGAAAUCAAAAUAUCCAGUUCACUAAAUACAGUACAAUCCUCAUAUUAUAUUAUAGCACCUCAGUGUUUCAUGUUUCAUACAUGAAAUCGAACUUUGAUAUCAUUGAGACUUGCUUCAAAUUUCUUAUAAUGUUUUCUGUUGUCAACAAAUUGGCUCAUAGCUAUGUUGGAUGUUAAAUAUAUUUUUAUUUAACCUUAUGAAAGAGCGCGUGUGACUAGUUUGCGCCGUCCAUAUUAAUUUGUAUUAAUCACUAGCAUAGUGCAUCUUAUUGCAUAUUCGUUUUUAAAACUAAUAGGUAGCAAUAAUUAUUAUUGCCUAAACAUUCGGAAUGUUGAGAGACCACAAAUUAAAAUGUACAAACUAUAAACACUAUGUAUAUGGAUAUUAUAAUAUUGUUACUGUUUUAAACAGAAAAUUUAUUUUGAAUGUUAUUUGUUUUUUCCUUGUAAUAAUGUGAAAAAUACUUAAUAAAAUAUCGUUCAUUUUUGGGUUUAUUUAAUUGUUUUAGGGAUUCUCAGACUCCCUAGAUAAUAAUUAUUCAGUAAGUAAAAACACAAAUAUCAAGUUUAUGUACAAUAUAUUUCAAAAUCACAGCAUAUUUUACUUAUAGAUAUAAUUUUCAAUAAAUUGGGAAAACUAAUAAAGCUUGGUUGUGCUUAAUGGCAAACUUAGGUAGCUGUGGUGACAAAAGAAGUACAAGGUACAAGCAUCCUAAAAAAUAGUAUUGCGUAUUGCCUACAUUUCUCAUCAGAUUAAUUAUUUAUUAUAUUUUUGCAAUUUUUCAAAGAAAUAAUUGUUGUUUCAUGUUUGCCCUAAUUCUAUUUGUCAUUGAAGAUUACUCUCAGUUGAGUAAGUGUGUACUAAAAUUUCUAUAUUACAUGGAAUCACGCUGGAACUAUUUUUUUAUCUAAGUAUAGAAUCAUCAGAGGAAAUUAUUGUUAAAUUAGUUUUAGCAUUUGCAUUUCUCACCCAUUGUCCCAUAGAGGCAGUGUUGCACUAAUCACUAAUCUCAAAAAUUAAAGCUUAAACUGUGUAAGUUCUAAUGAAAAUUUAAAUACAUAUUUUAAUAAGUGAGUAUCUCUAGUUUAAUGUUCUAACUAAUGAACUCAGAUUUUUAGUGAUAAUAUGGACUUUUUUAAAUGAUAUUUUUUUAAUUCUUACUUACGAAAAAUUUAAAUUAUCAAUCAACAGAAUAAUUAUUGGAUGGGUUGCCACGCCGCAAGACUAGAAUGUAUGGCUUAUUCCUACAAGAAUUGCAGUAUUUUUUAAAACAUGCCUACUCUUACAUAGGUUUGCACUAUGGAAACACCUGAUAAUUUUGUUUUCUCUAUAAGUGGCACUGAUUUUUUGCCAUCCAAUGUAAAUCUAACACAGUCGCUCGGUGCAUACUCCAUACAGCAGCUACCACCAAUACGUGCAUUAUAUUAUGCGAAUUUAGGUACAAAUCUACAGAACCUGGGAACCAUUUUUCUGGCACAUGGACUGCACCGAUGCAACCUCCAGUGAUAGACACGACAU